UAAGUGGAAUCUUUUGGUAAGAGACGCACUCACUUUCACUCUCACUCUCACUCUCCACUCUACUCAAGAGCCGAGAGAGCUCAGAGCAUACCCACUGUUACCGAAGGUAGAGAGAGAGAGAGUGAUUGGGGAAGAAAAUGGCCGAUAGCCCUAAAUUUCGCAAAUGCUUGUCUCUUAUUCUUCUUCUUCUUGCUCAUUUGGCUUCUGAAAUCGCAGCUGAAGACGGAUUGGUGGCAAACGGGGAUUUCGAGACAAUCCCAAGUGGCGGGUUCCCGAACGACGGAGCAAUAGAAGGGCCCACCACGAUUCCAAGCUGGACAUCAAACGGCACCGUUGAGCUGGUCGAGUCGGGGCAAAAACAGGGUGGGAUGAUCCUCAUCGUACCCGAAGGUAGACACGCAGUGAGAUUAGGGAACGACGCCGAAAUUAGCCAAGAGUUGAAGGUGGAGAAAGGGGCGCUGUAUUCAGUCACCUUCAGCGCCGCUCGCACGUGCGCCCAGCUCGAGUCCCUUAACGUGUCGGUGCCACCUGCAUCGCAGACCAUAGACCUUCAGACUCUGUACAGCGUCCAAGGGUGGGACCCUUACACUUACGCUUUCGAACCCGAGGACGAAACGGUGCGUCUGGUCUUCCGCAACCCUGGCAUGGAGGAUGAUCCCACCUGUGGUCCCAUCAUUGACGACAUUGCUAUCAAGAAAAUUUUUAUUCCUGAUAGAGCCAAAGACAAUGCGGUGAACAAUGGAGAUUUCGAAUCUGGUCCAUGGAUGUUCAGAAACGGUUCACUUGGCGUCUUGAUCCCGACCAAUCUAGACGAAGAAACGUCGUCGUUGCCGGGUUGGAUCGUAGAAUCAAACCGGGCAGUUCGAUACAUCGACUCCUACCAUUUCAGCGUCCCACAAGGAAAACGAGCCAUCGAAUUGCUUUCAGGGAAAGAAGGCAUAAUCUCUCAAAUGGUGGAAACGACGCCCGAAAAGCCGUACACCAUGACGUUCUCUUUAGGCCAAGCCGGCGACAAGUGCAAACAGCCACUUGCCGUAAUGGCGUUCGCCGGCGAUCAAGCUCAGAACUUCCACUACACCGGCCCCGAUUCCAACUCCUCGUUUCAAAGCGUGAACCUAAAUUUCACGGCCAAGGCCGACAGGACGAGGAUUGCGUUCUACAGUGUUUAUUACAAUACGCGGACUGACGAUAUGAGCUCUCUGUGUGGCCCUGUCGUCGACGAUGUUAGGGUUUGGUUUUCUUCCUCUCACAGAAAUGGGCCUGGAUAUUGGACUUUCGGAGUUGGGCUUGGGCUUUGGUUACUUAUUUGGGCCUUGGUUUAGGGUCUUCUUUUGGGUUCUGCGGAAGUGUCGGUUUUGCCCGUGUAUGGGCUUUGAGUUGUGGCAUGGCAAGCAAGAACCACUCUCUACCCAAAAGCUCUAUAGUUUGUGUUACCUGCUUUAUUUUAAAAUUAGAUUUUGCUAAGUUAUGCAAGUCUUGGUAAAUUGUUGUAUUGUCUCCGCCCCUUUCUGCUUCGCUCGUUCUUUUUUUGGGGACAAAAGUAUAGGCAAAACCAAGCUUAAAUGCUAGCAUGAGUUAAGAAAA